AGCGCCGUACAGUGGGCAGGGAUCCCAUCCUGUAAGCGGCGCUGUACACCGUGCACGGAGCCUGCGCUGUGAGCUGCACUGUACAGGGUGCACCGAGUCUGCGCGCUGUACCAGGAAGGACUGUCCGACGGCGCGGGAUCGGCGGCAUCUUUACCGGCCGCUCAAUUCAUUCGGUGGAAAUGGCAGACCCCUGGGAGGAAUGUAUGGACUUUGCCGUGCAAAUAGCAAGGAAGGCAGGCGCUAUGGUGUGCGCGGCGCUGAAGGAAGAAGUCUCUGUGAUGCUGAAAAGUUCCCCCGCGGAUCUGGUGACCGCCACCGAUCAGAAAGUGGAAGAAAUGCUGAUCUCGUUAAUCAAAGAGAAAUACCCAUCCCACUGCUUUAUAGGUGAAGAAUCAGUGGCAGCUGGUAAGGGGAGUACUCUCACUGAUAGCCCUACUUGGAUCAUAGAUCCCAUCGAUGGAACUACUAACUUUGUUCACAGGUUUCCAUUUGUGGCUAUAUCCAUUGGUUUUGCUGUCAAUAAACAGGUUGAAUUUGGGAUUGUGUACAGCUGUGUGGAGGAUAAAAUGUACACUGGCAGGAGAGGAAAGGGAUCGUUCUGUAAUGGGCAGAAAUUACAAGUCUCAGGACAGAAAGAUAUAACAAAGUCCAUGAUAAUAACAGAACUGGGGUCAAACCGAAAUCCAGAAAUUAUUAAGAUUGUAAUGUCCAACAUGGAAAGACUAUUGUGUAUCCCUAUCCAUGGGAUCCGAGCGGUGGGCACGGCUGCUGUGAACAUGUGUUUGGUGGCGGCAGGAGGCGCCGACGCUUACUAUGAGAUGGGCAUCCAUUGCUGGGACAUGGCAGCAGCUUCUAUCAUUGUUACAGAAGCGGGAGGUGUUGUGCUGGAUGCGAAAGGAGGGCACUUUGACUUGAUGUCGUGCAGAGUGAUAGCUGCAAGCAGCAAAGAGAUUGGAGAGAGAAUAGCCAAAGAACUCCAAAUUGUGCCCGUUCAGCGCGAUGAUGGCAAGAAGAACGAAUGAUCUCAAUCCAGCCGUAUCCAAUGUGCUUUGCAAAGUUUAGAAUAUAAGCUGUUACUUUAUUGACUAUACAGCAUAGGAAGGGGGCUCGAGGAGCUGCGAAAGCCCCUUGGCUUGGGUUUGCAUUCUACUAUAUGAUGUAUUGUUCUGAUGCACAGUACUGUGUUGGAGUAUGUAGUAUCGGCAGCUUUGUCUUAAGCUAAAAUGUCACCUGUAAUAGUGUUAGACAUGCAUUCACAGUUAAAAAUGUUUAUAUUUCUGUAUAAAAUAUUUAAAAUUUUAACUAAUAUCUACUCUCAAGGAUUUUUCAGCACACUUAGGCCUAUGCAACUGUUCCGUAUGGCUGAGCCUCAGUUCUUUAAAGUUUAUACACUAGAGGAACAAAGCAAAGAAUGAAAUGAUGACCUGAACUAUCGAAAAAAAAAAAAAAAAAGUUGGGAUAAAAGGCGGCGCAGAUUUAUUUUCUGAGCUACGCAUUUGACAGCCGUAUAGUUCAGUACCAAAAAAAAAACCUUGUUCCUGGGCCCGAGAUCCAGCCUCCCCAGAAUCGGCAGCAUACCUUUGAUUCAUUUAAUUAUGUUCUUCUUGAAGGCCACUUUUAAGUUAACCUCUUUUAGAAUUCCAUUUCUGCACUAUUCCAGCUCUUAGCCCUGAAAACCAGGAAAAGCUGUACUGAUGGAGAUGUUUUAACCCUGUAAUGCCACAAAUGAGUUUGAGACAGUAGGAACUAGGAUAAUAUAACACGCUAUUAAGCAUUAUAUGUUCUCAGCUCAGUUCAUCUCAUGCUCAUUCACAUUUAUUACGGCAAUCCCUUAAAAAAUGCAAACAGUUCUGUUAGCACUUAUUAUAUCUGAGCUUUAUUUAUUUUAAGAAUCGGGGUAAAGUAAAUAUUUAUCAUGGCUUACUGAAUAUUCCUAAAUUGCCUAUUUACAUUUGCAAACUCAUAUGUUGAAAGAACAGUUUAAAAGAGCCACGUAUGUUUGUGUGACUAUUUGUUCAUGGAAAGGCUAGUAUAACAGAAGAAUGUGCUUUCUUGUGUGUAUUUUAAGAUGGGAAAAAAUAAACUACCUUUUCCAAGAA